AUGGGUUCUCAGGUGAAUGACGAGCUGACAGUGCUGGUCACUGGAUUCCAGCCCUUCCGGUCAGAAUAUCCCAUCAAUCCCUCGUGGGAAAUCGCCAAAGGCCUCCCGGAAUACCUCCCGCCGCGGAGAGCCAAGGACCCAAACUCGCGACAUGCCGUCGACAUCCCGCCCGUGCGCAUCCUGGUGCACCCCGAACCCCUCCGAGUCAGCUACAAGGUCGUAAGGGAGACGGUGCCAUCGUUCUGGGGGGAGACGUAUCAGGACCGCAAGAUUGACGUCGUCAUCCACAUUGGCAUGGCCGGCCCGCGGCUCAUGUACCAGAUCGAGAGCCGAGGACAUCGUACCGGAUACAAGGCUCGCGAUGUGGACGGCAAGCACCUAGAUGAGCUGGAAGGGAAGCGGGACGAAGAGUGGGUUUGGCAUGGCCUUCCCGAUGAGCUGCGGACGGACUUGGACAUUCGGGAUAUCUGGGAGAGGUGGCAGCAGCAUACACCGGGCGACCUGGACCUCCGCAUCUCUGACGACGCUGGACGCUACCUGUGCGAUUUUAUCUACUACUCAAGUCUGGCGUCCUGUCAUAAGCAGGGCAAGGAGAGGAAAGUCAUCUUCCUUCACGUGCCGGCCGAUGGCUCUGAAGCUGUGAUCAAGCAAGGGCAGGAGGUGGCGGUGAACCUCAUUCGGUCUAUAGUGGAGAGCGAAGUGGCCAAGAAGCAGCAGCAGCAGCAGCAGCAAACGACGGAGGCAACCGCAGUUUGCAGCACCUGCAAAAAACAAACCUGGUGGGGCUGCGGCAAGCACAUCCCCUCCGUGCUCGACUCCGUCCCCGAGGACAGCUGGUGCACCUGCGAGCCCAAGGUCGAGCGGGACGGCAAGGCGUAUCCGCCCAUGGCCAAGCAGCCGAAUUGACUCGUUGGAUGGAUCGCGGGCUUGGUCCUGUGGAUGAAGGGGAAGAGGGCGGUGUGGGAUGCGGAGGGGGUGGUUGAGGGGGAGUUGCGCGGUGGGAGGUGAGGCGUCUUGGUGUUGAUGUAUUUCGUUGGUUGAUGGAGGGGGAGGCUGUGUUUGCAUGUGUUCAUCAUCGGGUGUGGGAUGGGGAUAGAAGGGUGGUCAUUGAGUAGGUAUGGGAUUGGGAUUGGGAUGAAUGUGAAUGGUUGGGAUAAAGAUCCAUAGGCUGAAAGACCUCGCCGCUUCCAUGUGUACCUUACAUAGAACUGAGC